AUGUCUUGCAACAGGGGCAAUAACUGGUCUGAAAGAGAAAUAAAAGAGCUUCUUUUAAUCAGAGGAGAGGAAGAGAUUAGUCGACAAAUUGAUGGAACCGUAAGAGACAACAAUGUAUACUGUAGUAUUGCUGAGAAACUUCGACUUUGCGGAGUACAGAGAGAUAAGAAGCAGGUUACGGCCAAGCUCAAAAGUCUGAAAGGUUGUUAUCUAAAAACAAAAGAUUACAACAACACGAGUGGGGUGACUCCCAAGUCAUUUCCGUUUUAUGACAUGUGUGAUAAUAUUUGGGGACAUCGUCCCUGUGCUUCGCCCGUAAAUGCCGUUGGAUGCUUGACACAGACACAAGAAGGAGCGCCAUCUCCAAAUGACAAUAUCUCAGCAGACGGAGACGACGACGGAAACGACGACGAACACAUUUGUCCGCCAACAAGAAGCACAACAGAAUCGACGAGCACUCCCCCCAGGAAAAAAAGAAGAAUGUCUAAGGCUGACCAUGUCCAGGCAAUGAAUACUGCACUUCUAAAACACCUCAACGAGUCAGAGGAAAAGUUCUUUGCUAGAGAGGAGCAGCUACUGCAAAUGCAGAGGGAGUGGGAGAAGGAGGCAGAACUUCGGCAAAGAGAAACAGUCUUGGAAAUGACUAGGGAGAUUCGUGCGAUGCAACAGGAGACUGUUACCCAAUUUGGUAACAUCUUGGCAAGUGUAUUUCCAUCAAAUGCUGCCCGGUCAACUGUUCAUCACCCCUUUACUCACCAAUGGAGGUCUGGAACAUCAGCAGCACCUUCCACAGUGCCACACAGUUAUAGUGAAGAGGAGCCUUAUGAACGUGUGAUGCCUUACAUUUAA